AUGGCGGAUCAAACUAGGAAAUGCUUGAGUACUGUUCGGAUGCAAGUGGCUGUUGUUGGUGUCAUUUAUUUCCUGUUUAGAGUUGGACUGUCCAUGUUCGAUACAACAAUAGGACCAUAUUUACUUCGUGUUGUGUGUGAAAAGAGAUUUUUUGAAAACAACGAUUGUGAUCGUCUUGAACAACUUCUGGUAAUUGAAAACGAAGUUCGAGAAUAUGCGGGAUUUUAUUUCAUACUGUUCCGGUUGUUUUUGAGUGUCCCUGUUAUAUGUUCUGGACUGUAUUGUGGAGCAUGGAGUGACAGGAAAGGCCGAAAGAUACCAAUGCUUUUUCCAUGCGUAGGAACCAUACUAUCAGCGAUGGCUUUUAUAAUGAGUUUGUACAUAGGACCCCAAGCUGUUUGGACUGCUCUGCUUGGAACCUUGGUACGGUCAGUGUUCGGAAAUACAAUCGUUUUUGCAAUGUCUGUAAACUCAUUCAUCGCUUCGGUAUCAGAUAAUGAUCAAAGAACAAAACAAAUUUCAAUUAUCUAUGCUAUAAGUUCAUUCGGAGAGACUUUUGAAUCACUUUUAGCAGGACUAUUGAAAUGGGAGUUUUUGCUGUCUUACGGAAUAGUGAUAGGAAUUCAAUCUUUAACCGUUAUCAUAAUUAUUGUGUUUUUACGGGAAAAUGAGAACAAUAUCAGCAAUGAAUACAUUGAACACACAUCAGAAACUGAAACAAACAGUUUAAUUUGCUCUAAACUGUCUCGCGGAAUAAAAUCAUAUGCAACUUUGUUAACGGAAAGCGGAACUAAUUCGGUUCGGAUAAUGGUCAUUGUACAGCUCUGUCUAACAUUAAUUUACGGCUUUGAUAUUAAUGGCGUGGAAGAUGUUUUGCUCAUGUACAGUAGAUAUGAGGUAACCGUCAAAUCCCAGAAAGCUAGCACAAACAUUUUUGUGAAAUUUGGUAUGCAUUUAAAGACUAAACAUACCAGAAUCAGAGACAAAUACCGUAAACCAGAGUCACAUAAACCAGUACCAGCACACUUCAAACCAGAACAAGUACAGCAAACCAGAGUCACACAUACAUUAAACCAGAGUCACACACACAGUAAACCAGAGCCACAUAAGUUAACAAGAGCCACAAACAAUAAAGCAGAGUCAUAG